AUGGUAAGUAAAUUUCGUUUCAGAUUAUAUAUCAAAUAAGCUUUAAAUUAUAACAUAUGAGAAAUUUUACAUGAAUUAGAUGAAAAUAAUAGGGAUUUAUGCUGUAGAUUAAAAUAAAGUAAGAAAUAGAAAUUAUGAAACGUUUAAUUUAUGAAUGAGUUAAACUUUAUUUUAUUCACCUUUCUUAUAGUAUUUAACUUUUUUAAAUAUUACUUUAUUACAUUUUUUUAUUUAAAUUCAUUAAUGUUAGUUUCUGUCAUUAUGAAUUUUAUAAAUUUUUAGAUAAAACAUUUCAUGAACUAUUAAGUAAAAGUAAAAUGAAAAUUGUAUUUGAAUUUAAAAAAUUUUAACAUAUUUUAGUGUGUAUGUGUAAAAUAGAAAUUUAAAAUUUUUGAAAAAUAUUAGAUUUUAUAAGAAAAAUUUCAGGAGAUUUUGUCCAACGUACAGACUGGCAUAGAAUAUGCGUUUUUAAACCAAAUUUGCGCGAGACUGUUUUCACUUAUCUAAAGAAAGGUCAAAGGAUACUAGUCUCAGGAAGAAUAACCUAUGGAGAAUAUAAAGAUGAAGAAGGUACUUUAAAGUCAAAUACCAGUGUGAUAGCAGAUGAUGUGAUAUUUUUCCAGUCUUAAACUGUUGUAUGAGAGUUUUUCUUUUUAAUAAAAUGUAAGCAAAAUAUAUAAAUAGCAUCUUUUUAAGUAUUAGUUCUUAUUCUUUGUAAAUAUCUUAAGUAUUAUUUUUAAACACUUUUUAUAGAUAGAUUUAGGAAUAUUUUACAUAUUUUACAUAUGUAUCAACUGAGAAAAUUUAAUUUCAUAAAGGGAUAAUAAACCGACUGUUAAAAUUAGCUUAAUAAGUAAAUAAAUCUUUAUUUACACAUUGCUUGUCCAUUCGCAAUGAGUUAUACAUUAAACAAUUCGUAAUUUCCUAAAAUUGUACAAGUUUUAUUUUAUACAGAAUCUGUAA